CGAAAUACCGCUAAGCAUUUCACCCGGAGGGCUAACGUUUCUGCCAGCUCACUGCUUUAACAUAGUCCUUGGGGGGAGAUUCACUGUGACAGGGCUGGCCCUUUGAAAGACAGGUCCUACUCAGUUUUGCCAGCUGAGAGCAAUUAUGGAAACCGAAUCGUGUGACAACCCGGUUCAAAUUAAAAAGAAGCCUAAAAGUGUUCGUACUCCCAGGGGCCCAAAAAAUGGGACCGCUAAAGUAUCGCAUAGCUGUGAAGUCUGUGGUAAAUCAUUCCCUCACAAAAGAAACUUGACUUAUCACCAACGUAUUCACGCAGUCGAUAAACCAUAUCAUUGCAAUGUCUGUGGCAAAACGUUCUAUCGGCGUAACCAUCUGACCAACCACCAACGUACACAUACAGGAGAGAAGCCAUACCAGUGUGAUAUCUGUUGUAAAUAUUUCUCCCAGAGUAGCUACUUGACUAUUCACAAACGUAUUCAUACAGGAGAGAAGCCGUUUUUCUGCGAUAUCUGUGGUAAAACGUUUUCUGAAACCGGUAACUUGAAAAUGCAUAUACGUAUCCAUACAGGGGAAAAACCAUAUCGUUGUGAUAUCUGUGGUAAAUCAUUCUCUCAGCAUGAACACUUAACCAAACACAAACGUAGCCAUACGGGGGAGAAACCAUAUCAUUGUGAUAUUUGUGGGAAAUCUUUCUUCGAUAGCAGCUGUUUGACUAGACACAAACGGAUUCAUACGGGGGAGAAACCAUUUCGCUGUGAAAUUUGUGGGGCAGCGUUCUAUGUUAGACAUUGCUUAACUAUACACAAAUGCAUUCAUACUGGCGAGAAACCGUUUUUCUGUAAGGUAUGCGAUAAGUCGUUCUCUCAGAGAAAUCUGUUGACUAAACACAAGCGUGUUCAUAUCAAGGAUUCGCCCGAUCUCUCUGAUGACCAUGCUAAAUCAGUCUCUCGAAAUGGCGUGAAGGCCAGCCGUAAGCGUGUCCAUACAGGAGAGAAACCGUAUCGCUGUGAUAUUUGUGGUAAUGCUUUCUCUCGGAAACAUAUCCUGACAUCUCACGUACGUACCCAUACCGGAGAAAAGCCAUACACUUGCGACAUCUGUGGGACCUCGUUCGCUCAAAAGGGUUACCUAAGCACACACAAGCUCACGCACACGGGGGAAAAGCUGUUUCGAUGUUCUGUGUGCGGUAAAUCAUUCUCCAGGACGGACAUCUUAGCAAAACACAAGCUCACUCAUACAGGUGAGAAGCCAUACGACUGUGAUGUCUGCAGUAAAUCGUUCACGCAAAAAAGUAAUUUAACGACGCACAAACGCAUUCAUACAGACGAGAAACCGUAUCACUGUGAUAUCUGUGGUAAAUCCUUCUCUCAAAAAAGCCACUUAACUACACACAUAAAUAUUCAUAUAGAAAUGUAGCAAUCAAUUUGAAAGCUUUUGGUCUUCUCUGUAUAUAUAAAGCUGAAGUUGUCUGUGUGUGGCAGAAUAUAAAGGAUUUUAUUUUGUAACUAGCAGUGUCGCCCGGCGUUGCUCGGGUUUGUUUCGACCCUUUAGAAUUGGAAUUUUUGA